AUGCAUGAUUCCAACAGAACCACGAUGGUUGCCCAGUUCAUCCUGGUGGGCUUCUCCAGCUUGGGGGAGCUCCAGCUGCUGCUGUUUAUGGUCUUCCUUCUCCUGUACCUGACCAUCCUGCUGGCCAACACCACCAUCAUGGCCGUUAUCCACUGUAGCCGGACUCUGCACACUCCCAUGUAUGGUUUCCUCUUCAUUCUCUCUUUUUCUGAAUCCUGCUACACAUUUGUCAUCAUCCCUCAGCUGCUGGCCCACCUGCUCUCGGCCAUCAAGAGCAUCUCCUUUGCGGCCUGCGCCACCCAGCUCUUCUUCUUCCUUGGCUUUGCCUGCACCAACUGCUUCCUCAUCGCCGUGAUGGGGUAUGAUCGCUAUGUGGCAAUCUGCCACCCUCUGAGGUACACACUCAUCAUGAACAAAAGGCUAGGGUUGGGGUUGGUUUCCCUGUCUGGAGUCACGGGUUUCUUCAUUGCUUUGGUGGCCACCAACCUCAUCUGUGACAUGCCUUUCUGUGGCCCCAACAGGGUCAACCACUAUUUCUGUGACAUGGCACCCGUUAUUAAGUUAGCCUGCACAGACACUCAUGUGAAGGAACUGGUUCUCUUCAGCCUCAGCAUCCUGGUGAUCAUGGUGCCUUUCCUGCUGAUUCUCAUCUCCUACGGCUUCAUCGUUAACACCAUCCUGAAGAUCCCCUCAGCUGAGGGAAAAAGGAAGGCCUUUGCUACAUGUGCUUCCCACCUCACGGUGGUCUUUGUGCAUUACGGCUGUGCCUCCAUUAUCUACCUGAGGCCCAGAUCCAAGUCUGCCUCCGACAAGGAUCAGCUGGUGGCGGUGACCUACACUGUGGUGACUCCCCUGCUUAACCCCCUUGUCUACAGUCUGAGGAAUCAGGAGGUGAAGACUGCCCUCAAAAGAGUCCUGGGAAUGCCUGUGGCAACCAAGGUGGUCUAA